AUGAUUAAUCACUUCUUGCAUAAUUGGCACCAACCAGUAGGAGAUCCCUUAGAGUAUGAAGAAAUCAAAAGAUAUGAUGAUGGAAGAAGAGUAAAUUUUACUUGAUUACAAUAGAGAUAUGAUAAAACAUUAAGGGAGAAAGGUGGAAUAGAGUACUAUUUGGUAUCUAAAAAGUUUGUUAAAUAAUGGAAAUAUUAUGUGGAUUAUUAUGAAGAAAUGGGAGAUCAAUAGAAAGAGGCAAGAAAGAAAGUAUUGAAAUUUAAAUAUAUUAGCCCGAUAAAAUCAAUUCAGAUUUGUAAAGCAAUGAAAAGGUGUUUAAAUACAUACCUGAAGAUCAUGUUUAUAAUUCCAGCAUUCGAUUUUUGGAAAAUGAAUGGGAUUAUGAAUACGUAAAAAUUAAAUUGAUAAACAACUAGAUUCUUAAGGAAGUUUUCGAUCUAUUUAAGGAGAAAUACUCAUCAAUUUAACCAUAGAAACGGAUUGGAUUCUAUUAUGAGAAUGAAAAAAAAAAAGUAGUCUAUCCUAAUUUGGCUCGAGUAUACAAUUUUAUUAAUUUUAGUUUACAUUAAUUUACCAGUCCUUAAGAGACAACAAAUUUUAUAGUGUAAAAGCAUAAGUAGACCAUCAUUCUGAAAUUAAAUCUUGGCUAGAUUUACUAAAAGCAACAUUCCAAGAUGAAUAUAAAUAGAAUCCAAUAACCAACAUCAGAAUCUGGCUACCCAGACAUUAGAAUUACAAUGUCGAUCUGAUAACAUAACAGUUAGAACAAACCAUGCUUAUUGAUGGGGAUGUUUUACAAGAAACCCUUAUGGUCUUUCAACUUUAAUCAUAAAGAGAUGAUUGUUUAAUUUUAGAUUUUGAGUCAAAUAAAUGGCAGUUUAAUAAAGUGGAUGAAUAACAGUAAAUUGAACUCGAUACUGAACUCUUGUUCAACAGAGCUUUAAAUGGUUGUGGUAAAUAUGUAUGCGACUUUCCACAUUGUAAAUUGAACAAUGGCUUUCUUGAACAAGAUUUUAGUUAAGAUGACAUCAAAGGAAUUUGUUAAUAAUUGGUAGAAAAUGAGGAAGUCAAUUGGAAUUAAUUAUGUUAUCAAGUAAACAACAUCAACAAUAAAUUGAUUCCCUUACAAAUGUCAGAGUUUUAACUGGAUUUACAAGAGGCUACUAUCAAAAUAUCUUAGUAACUGGAAAUAUUUGGAGCUUCGUUUGUGGAAAAUUUUUACAAUAAGUCUGGCGUUUACGCUAUUGAUUUAUAGAAUGCAGAUGUAGAUACUAAUUUAAUUAUUGAAACGUAAUCUAAAUUCAUCAAUUACAAAAAGGGGUUUACUCUAAUAAUAAAUAAUUUAUUUUCAUAAAAAGAAAAAAAUUAUGAACCGUUAACUAACUUAUAUUAAUUGAGAGCCCUUUAUUUGAUAUUACAAUUUCGUUAACUUUUGGAGCAUAUUGUCGAUGAGAAAUAAUAAAUAAUAUUAAAAAUUAUUAGAAGACUUAAUGUUAAUUAAAAACUAUAAUUAUCAAGGUGGUUUACAAAUCUCUCAAAAGCAGAAUUCGAAGAUACUACAAAAAAAAUAAAAAAAUUAAUUAACUCUGAAAUUCUAAGACAGUAACACACACCUUUAAUGCCAUUUCUAGAAAUAGAAGAUACAUAUAAAAUGGUUGGUUUAUUUGAAUUAUUCCAAAUCUUACAAAAAUCAAACAAAAUGAAUACUAGGUUGUAGUCUUCAGAAUUCGUAAUUGAUCUAAUAACAAAAUUGUACAAGCAAGAUGCUGACAAAGAGGAGUUUUCACAAUUCCGUUAUUAUGCAGCAAAACAAUGGAGAAAUUAUUCGUUUACUUUUUGUUUAUAUGCUUGGUCCAUCCCAAUUGAGUUUAAAUCGAAAUUGCUGAGUCUAGACUGUAAAGUAAAAUAACACGAUAGUAUGAGUCAUUCAGUAAAGUACCAUUUUACUGGACAAGCUCCAUAUCUUAGUUUAUAAAUUGAGAGAAACAAUAUUAUAGAAUCAGCAAUAAAAUAAUUAUAGAUAACCCAUAUUCCACUAAAGAACCCUUUGAAAGUGUAAUUUAUAGGAGAACAAGGCGUAGAUGAAGGAGGUCCAAAAAGAGAGUUUUUCAGGUUGAUGAUGGAAAAACUGAUUUCGCCAGAUUAUGGAAUGUUUAUCCCAAAAAACAAUGGAACAGUUUAUUGGUUCAAUCCGAAGUCUUUUGAAAUGCCAAUAUACUACUCAUUGAUAGGAAAAUUGUUAGGAUUGGCUCUCUACAAUUAAGUUUUGCUUGAUGUGAGAUUUCCAACUGUUUUAUUCAAAAAAUUAUAGAAUGAAAAAGUGACAGAGGAGGAUUUAAAGGAAUUGGAUAUGGAAAUAUAUACAGGAUUUUAGUAUUUGAGAGAACAAACAGACUCUAAUUUAAUUUCGAAUCUCGCUUUAAAUUUUAAUGCAAGUUACGUUGUUUGGGGAGAAGCAUAUUUUGAUGAUUUGAAAGUAUAGACAUUUUAUCUAUAUAUUAAGCCCAACGGGUUCUAGGUUAAUGUCACAAAAGAGAAUAGAGAAGAAUAUAUAGAGUUGUAUACUGAUUGGUACUUAAAUAAACUUGUUAAAAGUUAAUUUGAUUUAUUGCACUCAGGAUUUAAAUCUGUGGUUGAUGGUGAUGGAAUAAAAGUAUAGAGUAUUUCGAUAAAUAGUUAUUUUCAGGGGAAGAGUUAUAGGCACUAAUUAUUGGUUUGCCGCACUUUGACUUAAAAGACUUGGAAUUAGUUACAAAAUAUGAUGGUUAUGAUGAUAAGUCUGAGUAUAUUAGGUUUAGAUUAAUUGAAUAUUAAUAGAUACUUCUGGAGUUGUAUUCAUUCUUUGAGUAUUGAGAUGUAAAAGAGAUUUCUGUUUUUCUGUACAGGGACAGAUAGGAUUCCUGUAGGAGGACUAAAGUCAAUAAAAUUUGUAAUUUAAAAGCAUGGUGAAGGUUAGACUCGUUAAUAUUAUUAGAUACUGAAUAAUUGCCAUCAGCUCACACUUGUUUUAAUGUUUUAUUAUUGCCACUUUACAAGAAGAAAGAAACAUUAAGGGAUAAAUUGAUGAUAUCUUUAGAUAAUGCGGAAGGCUUUGGAUUGAUGUGA